UUCAUGUGCGUCACUGGUGGCAACAGAGGCGGCAGUCAGCGGGUUGCUGAAAUCACUGAAACUAACGUUACAGGGAAGUAAAUAGUGGCGGAUUAUUAUCAAAAGUGCGAAUUUGCGGGCUGAGGAGACUAUGAAGUUUCGAGCGAAGAUAAAUGACGUGGGAUGUCUCAAUCAUUUCACACGUAGGUGUGCUGAAUACUAUUACAAAACUCACAAAGACCUGUGUUCUACGGCUCACCGUGGACAACGUGUAUUUUGUUCUUUCUGGCAAAGUCGCCAAUGGUGGAGUUAGUAUGUGGUGUGAGUUACUACAGGUGAAUUUUUUUGACGAAUAUCAAUUGGAGGGUGUGUCAUCAGAAGCUAAUGAAAUCUGCUUAGAAGUAGCACCAGAGAACCUAUCCAGGGCUUUAAAAACUGCGCAGAAUGCCAAGUCUGUCAAAAUAAAACUGACAAAGAAGCACUGUCCAUGCCUCACUCUAGCUGCAGAACUGCCUUCGCUAUCCUCCAUCGGUCGCAUUGUCACCCAUGACAUCCCUGUGGACAUAAUUCCCAGAAGGCUCUGGCAUGACUUUAAAGAACCUACUAUGCCAGAUUUUGACGUUAGCAUAUAUUUACCCCCCCUGAAGACCAUGAAGAGUGUGGUGGACAGAAUGAAAAACCUCUCCAACUACUUGGUAGUGGAAGCUAAUCUGAAUGGUGAAAUGAAUUUGAAGAUUGAAACAGAUCUGGUGUCUGUCACAACACACUUCAGAGAUCUUGGCAACCCUCCCUGGGGUGAUAAUGCCGUACAGAGUCAGAGCAGAGAUGUUGAAACCAUGGCACAUGCUCGUGUGGAUAUAAGGAAACUCCAGCAAUUCCUUAUGGGACAGCAGGUCAACCCUAACAAGUCCAUGUGCACAAGAUUGAGUCAGCAUACAGAGACGAGGUGCAGCGACUUACAGACUGGUGUAAAGUCAACAACAUACAUCUCAAUGUGGGCAAAACAAAGGAGAUGGUUGCUGACUUCAGGAGAGCACAGAGUGACCACUCUCCACUCACCAUCAACAACUCCCUUGUAGAGAUUGUUGCAAGCACUAAGUUCUUUGGUGUUCACCUAGCAGAGAACCUCACCUGGACCCUGAAAGCUCAUCUCCCACCUGUCGUCCUUACUACACUCUACAGAGGUAUAGAGAAUGUCCUGAGCAGCUGCAUUACUGCCUGGUUUGGGAAUUGCACCACCUCUGCAAGAUCUUCCAGCAAAUAGUGAGGACAGCUGAAAAGAUCAUGUCUCUUCCUUCUAUCACAGACAUUUACACCACACGCUGCAUCCAAAAAGCCACUAGCAUUGUGACUGAUACCACACAUCUCUCACACAAACUGUUCUCUCUUCUGCCAUCUGGAAGAAGGUACUGCAGCAUUCGGGCCCUCACAGCCAGACUGUGCAACAGUUUCUUUCCACAAGCCAUCAGAUUCCUCAAAUCCUACGGACUGAAUUGAAGGACACCCACACUGACACGCACACACAUCUACAUGAUAAUAUGAGACUAACUCUCUCCCCACUUCUUGCAGUAUCAAAUUAUGUCUGGAACACUGUAUUUAUAUAUGUAUAUAUAUGAAUGCAUUUCACUGAAAUAUUUCAUUAGAUAUGACUGUAGAUCUGAAUACUUGCAUUUUGCACAUUUUACUUCACUUUAACAAUGUUAGCUGCUAGAAUUGCUGUAGCGAUCAAAUACUGUGUACCAUAGCUGUUCUAGUUGCUGUGACUGCUGUUGCUCAUAUAUGCUAUGCUAAGCCAUUAUAGUGUGUUACAUCCUCCUUUGCACAACUCCACAUAUUCUCAGUACCAUGUACUGCCUGUGUUCUAUUUUGUAUUUAUUGCAAGUCUUUCGUAUUUAUUUAUUGCACUGUGUGUAUGGUAUUCUUGCACUUGUGUGCACCGUGGUCCUGGAGAAAUGUUGAAAUAUCAUUAAAGCCUCACUUUACUUGGAUA